UGGCGGGCCGAAUGUAUAUCGUAUAUGCCAUAAGUCCUCGUGUCGACGAUAUCCCUCUCUCGAGUAUCAGGUGGAGGCACCUGUGGCUCUUCACCUGCCGCCCGAGGGAUCGGCUAUCAGUCGCGUCCAGGUCUCGCGACAGGUGUGACCACUGCUGAACAUUCUUGGAUCUCCUCCGACCGGUUCUCUCGGAUGAAAUUGCAUUGACUCCGCUCCGAAAUGACCAGGGCGCUUUCGAGGGCUCUCCUCUUCCUCGUCUUCUCCUUGGCCUCGGCGAGGCCCGACCUCCACCGACGUCGAGAGACCACCUCGAAGGUACAUCCUUUUUACCUGGAGGAAUGCUACUCGGACGAGUACGCGGCAACAACAUUUAACGGCACCUGGAUCUCCUCUUCCGAGUUCAUCUACCUGGACGGAGAAACCGGACACAUAAACAAGUUCGAUUCAAACACAAGGAACGUCACUUUGUUCCUGAAGUGCAACGUGCUGGCAGGCUACGACACGAGCUACUACUCCUUAUCAGCUGAUGGAAAGUAUCUACUGAUCGGGUUCGAUCAGAUUAAGGGAUUCCGGCACUCCUCCUUCAGGAAGUUCACCGUCUACGACGUCGAGCAGGACACGUACCAGCCAUUAGCCGAAAACGAAUACCUUUCCGUUGCAAAAUGGGCUCCGGUUGGCAAUGGGUUGGUCUACGUCCGCAAGAACAAUAUCUACUAUCGUCACACCUCGCACGGCGUAAAGAAAAUCCGAAAAUUGACCUCCGAUGGAAAGGAAGGAGUGGUCUUCAAUGGACGCGGCGACUGGGUCUAUGAAGAGGAAGUUAUCGGGUCAGCAACGGCACUUUGGUUCUCGCCCGAUGGGAAGUACCUCGCUUAUGGAACUUAUGACGACACUGACGUCGGCGAAAUUUGGUAUCCUUACUAUGGUGAACCUGGAGAUAUUAAUUAUCAAUACCCCAAGAAAGUCAGCAUCAGAUAUCCUAAGGCUGGGACUGCGAAUCCUACCGUGACGUUGUCUGUCGUCGACCUGACGGACGUCACCUCAUCGGCGAUUAGAUUGAAGGCGCCUAAGUCGAUCGUUGGGACGGAUAAUAUACUCUACUUUGUCACUUGGUUGAAUAAGGAGACCAUUCUUGCCGUUUGGACCAAUCGAAUGCAGAAUGUCGGCGUUCUGACGGCGUAUGAGACUUCGGGACAGAAGACUAAUAUUUUGACGUUGGAGGAGACCAAGGGAUGGGUGCACGUCCCGAAAGCUGUGUUCCUGAAGGAUAAGUACCUUUUCCUUGCGAAAUACCAGGGAACCAACACCUCGGCUGGCAGGUACAACCACCUGACCAGGUACGAGUACAAGGACGGCGUUUUGGAGAACGAGGUCGACCUGACCCCGGGGCAAAUAUCGGUCCAGUCGAUUCUAGGGGUGGAUGAGAAGACGGUUUAUUACCUGGCCACAGGUGAGAACCACGCUUCUCAGAGGAAUCUCUAUUCCGUGGAUGUGCAUCGACUAAAGGACCCGAUAUGCCUCUCCUGUGCCCAGAAGUCUCCUGAAGGGAACAAUUGCACCUACGUUAGCGCAAGUUUCUCCAGGGACAAGUCGCAUUAUUCCCUAACUUGCUUAGGACCCGAUCCUUCCACCGUCCGGAUUUACGAUUCAAAUCACAAGUUGGUUACCUCCUGGGAGGAGAACAAACCCCUUCGAGAAAAAUUGGCCGCCAGAACGCAGCCGACAGUCAAGGAUUUGACCGUUAAUAUCAAUGGGUACGACUGUAAAGUUAGAUUACUCCUCCCGCCGAACUUCUCCAAGAAGAAGAGCUACCCUCUGAUCCUUAACGUGUACGGCGCACCGGACACUCUUCGGAUAAUUGACACUUCAGGGUAUGGGUACCAAUCGUACUUGACGACAAACCGAAGCAUAAUUUACGCCUAUAUAGAUGGUCGUGGAAGCGCUUUCAGAGGAAGCAAGAUUUUACACGCCACGUAUAAGCGGCUCGGCUCCGGGGAGGUCGAGGACCAAAUCGAGGUUACCAAGUACCUCCUGAGUAAGUACUCUUGGAUCGAUCCGCGCAGGGUCGGAGUUUGGGGCUGGAGCUAUGGAGGUUUCACCACGUCCAUGAUCCUGGCCACGGAUGUCCAGAACAUCUUCAAGUGCGGAAUCGCCGUGGCCCCGGUCACCUCCUGGAUCUACUACAACACGAUCUACUCCGAGAGGUACAUGGGGUGUCCAUCGGAGCAGGACAACGCGAUGGGCUACAACUGCAGCGACGUGACCAGAAGAGUGGAGGGAAUUCGAGGGAAGAAGCUGAUGCUGAUCCACGGAACAGGCGACGAUAACGUGCACUAUCAGCAAUCCUUGCUGCUCGCCAAGGCUCUGGAAGAGGAGGACAUCCCUUUCGAACAAGUCACAUACACCGACGAGGCUCAUAGUCUGUCCAACGUCCAGGCCCAUUUUUAUCACACCAUGGACAGAUUUUGGAGGGAGUGCUUCAGACUCAGAGAUAACGAGGACGAUGACGAAUGGCUCUCCCAAGAAACCCAGUAAUCCUGGGAGGUCGUCCUUGAGGUCCUCCUAUCCACCACCAGAAAACGACCAUUUCAGGGAUGGAUGGAUCCCCCGGCUCGCGAAUUAUGCAAAUCAAGUGGAUCCGUUUCGACGCGUUAAUCGCGCAUUUACCAGACGGGGGCGAGACCAUUUGCGCGUUCGACAAUCGAUAACACGGGCCCCGGAGAUUACCCCGAAACAUUGCGAGAGGCGCCCGAAAUAUUCAUCGGCAUUAUGAUCUCGCGGGAACCAAAAUUGCGGGCGAAUCGGCACGGAUUCAUGCCCGAUAUCACCCGGAAUUCCGGGAAUCCGCGGAAUCGAGCGCGAAUUAUCGGAAAAUAAUUCCUUGGUUUCUCUUCUUCCUUUUUUUUUCCUUCAAAAAGUUAUCAAAUCCAUGGGUAGAUCCUUGAGUGAAAGAGAUCCAGAAAUUUUCGUGAAACCUUUUUAGACUAAAUCCAGGAUUUUACCGAAAAUUCAAAGAGUCCGGAAAAUCCGGCGCGAGCGACCGAAAAAUUUUCCUUGUUCUCCUUUUAUUUUUUUUUCGUCAAUGACUUACCUUGUAUUAAAUGUGUACACACAUUUUUGAAUAUAGGAAAUCCAGAAAUUC